AAGCUUAUUUUGCAAAAAUUAGGCAUUAAGCAACGUUUUGGAGCGGUGUAUCAUCCACAAAGUCAAGGUAUUUGUGAAAGAAUGAAUGGAGUUCUUAAAAACCGUCUCAUUAAGAUCUGUCAACAUACGGGGCUCAAUUGGAUUGAAGGGCUCCCAUUAGCAUUGAUGGCUUGCAGAUCCAGUGAGCUUCGUGAGUUGCAUAUGACACCAUUUGAGUUAGCUGUAGGUCGCUGCAUGACCACACCUAGCUUGCGCACUAGCGGGAAGGGCCCAAGCCUAUCUCUGCUGGAAGACAAUAUGAAAGCUUAUGUCAAAUACAUGUCUAACCUCCAAAGGAGUAUUUCUGCUUAUGUCACCCAAAAACAGGAGCAGACCAAGAAAGAGGAACACAGAGGUGCCACCAUCCUACCAGGGGAUAAAGUGUUCGUGAAAGUGUUCCGCAGGAAGUGGUUUCACCCUCGUCGAGAAGGACCAUUCCAAGUCCUUCGCAGCACAGGAACUGCAGUUCAGGUAGAGGGAUCACCUACCUGGUUCCACGUCAACCACUGCAUCAAAGCACCAGAGGAUAACGAAGGCGAUGGAGAACAGCCACGAGACACAGAGAGCGGUGACGAUCCGGAGGAGGAACAGAGGCAUAACGACGAUGAUGGAAGUAAUGUUGAUCAUGCAUCUGCUUCAAUGGGCGCCGAGGGCCAUGCUUGCUUCGACACCAUCGACUUCCAGCAUGCUCCAGAACCAACGGAGCCACAACAAGGGAGAAAAUCAACCCCAGAUCAACCAGUCGAACCAAGAAGCCCCAGACCGGUUCGGGAGAUCCGAGUCCCGAUUCGGUUCAAAGACUACAGUUAAAGGAGAAAUCGGGAGCUCCAUCUUGCUUCCGUGUAGCUGCCCAAUAGGAGCCAAAGCAGACUUCGAUCUGGCUCUAUGGCAAAAAGAGGGAGCAGCAGUGGCCAUAGUAGGAGAACAGCUGGAAGAAGCUAGCUCAC